AUGUCUAGCAUGGCUCCCGCUGCCUUGAGACAGGCAUCUCGGGCCUACGCCCGUCGUCUCUCCACGACGCAGCAUGGCCCCCUUUCCGCCGCCCUUCCUAGACGGAUGCUCGCCACUCCGUCGCGCCGGUCGUACGUCUCCGAGACCAAGGCUGGAAAUGCUCAGGUUUCGGUCGAUACCGCCAUCAAGGAGGAGCAGAAGAACUUUAUGAAGCAGACCGGCCUGCAGCCGGGCAAGGUGGAGCUCCCGGGGUCCUCCGUGUCGGGCGACGCCUUGCUGAGUCCCUCCGCGGGCAUCCUGAAGCAGGCGACCGUGAUGGACCAAGGAACCCGCCCCAUCUAUCUCGACAUGCAAGCGACGACCCCGACCGAUCCUCGCGUUCUCGACGCCAUGCUCCCCUAUCUCACCGGCAUCUACGGCAACCCGCACUCGCGGACACACGCUUACGGCUGGGAGUCGGAGAAGGCCGUCGAGCAGGCGCGCGAGCACAUUGCGAAGCUCAUUGGGGCCGACCCCAAGGAGAUCAUCUUUACCAGCGGCGCGACCGAGAGCAACAACAUGAGCAUCAAGGGCGUCGCGCGCUUCUUCGGUCGCUCCGGCAAGAAGAAGCACAUCAUCACCACGCAGACCGAGCACAAGUGUGUCCUGGACAGCUGCCGGCAUCUGCAGGACGAGGGCUUCGAGGUGACGUACCUCCCCGUGCAGAGCAACGGUCUGAUCCGGAUGGAGGAUCUGGAGCAGGCGAUCCGCCCCGACACCGCGCUCGUGAGUAUCAUGGCCGUCAACAACGAGAUCGGCGUGAUCCAGCCCAUGGAGGAGAUCGGCAAGCUCUGUCGGUCGAAGAAGGUCUUCUUCCACACCGACGGCGCCCAGGCGGUGGGUAAGAUCCCGCUGGACGUCAACAAGCUGAACAUCGACUUGAUGUCGAUCUCCAGCCACAAGAUCUAUGGCCCGAAGGGUGUUGGCGCGUGCUACGUGCGCCGUCGCCCUCGUGUCCGUCUGGAGCCCAUCAUCUCUGGCGGUGGUCAGGAGCGUGGUCUGCGCAGUGGUACGCUCGCGCCUCACCUGGCUGUUGGCUUUGGUGAGGCUUGUCGCAUCGCCGCGCAAGAAAUGGAGUACGACACCAAGCAUGUGCAGCGCCUGUCGAAGCGUCUGACGGAUGCGCUUCUGUCGAUGGAGCAUACGACGCUGAACGGCGAUCCUGAGCACCACUACCCCGGAUGUGUCAAUGUGUCGUUUGCCUACAUUGAAGGCGAGUCCCUGUUGAUGGCGCUGAAGGACAUUGCGCUGUCGUCGGGUAGCGCGUGUACGUCGGCGUCCCUGGAGCCCAGCUACGUGCUGCGGGCGCUGGGCAGCAGCGACGAGAGUGCGCACAGCAGUAUCCGGUUUGGUAUUGGACGGUUCACGACGGAUAGCGAGAUUGAGUAUGUGCUGAAGGCGGUGCAAGACCGGGUGCACUUCCUGCGCGAGCUGAGCCCGCUGUGGGAGUUGGUGCAGGAGGGAAUUGAUCUGAACACGAUCGAGUGGAGUCAGCAUUAG